ACUUCACAAAGACUAAGGCUGCGUCCGAAAGCUCUAAGAGUAGGAAGGCAUCAAGGCAUUAUGGAUCCGAAACAAAUGUGGGGUUAUGUAAAGUCUCCUCUAGCAACUUUGCCUUGCCUUGUGAUUUCAAAAUUACUCUGCAUGGCUAUCCCCAUUGCUCAGAUUGCCAUAGGCUCGGUAUAUCUCAAUGACUGUCCCAAGCAGAACUAUAUCCCUAUUUAUGUGCUGGUAUGUGGAGUGUUCGGUGUGGUUCUGAGCUUGUUGGCUUGUCAAGGGGAGGGAGGCCAUUCAACACUGAGCCUCCUCUGCUCGCUGUGGAAUGCACUGGUGUGCACAUUCCUUUUUUGCUGGUUGAUCAGUGGUAGUGUGUGGAUUUACUCCAUUUACCCUCCUAACUACAACCAAACCAUGACUGGAGAUCUCUACUGCAAUAAGACCCUCUAUCUGUUUGCAUUCUGGACCACCACAGUGGGAUACAUUCUAUUAGCUCUGGUUUUGUUGAUUGGCUGCUGUCGUUGUAUUGGUUAUUGUAUAUGUGGGUUAGCGCAAAAAUGAGUUAGAUGAGAAUUCAUCAUGAUCAAAGAUUAUAUCUGCCCGUUUGUGGGCAAUUGUGAGAAAUCUUAGCAACAUUGAUGUCUGUGCUAAACUUAAAGGACAAGUUCGGUAUUUUGCACUUAAAGCCCUGUUUUCAGAUUGUUUAUGAUGAAAUCGAAUGGUUUUGACUGAAAUUUCGACAUAUGCGGCUGCCCCGAGAAUUUUUGGGUGUUUGUGUUUCAGCUCCUACCUUUACAAUGGGUUUAAUGGUGCACUGGAACAAUCCUUUCUAAAAUGCAU